AUGGGUUUGCUUACAAUUUUGAAGAAGCAACGUUUAAAGGAGAAAGAACUACGAAUAUUAGUUCUUGGUCUAGAUAACGGUGGAAAAACUACUAUACUGAAGAAGCUGAACGGUGAAGAGAUCAACGAAGUUGCACCAACUUUUGGUUUCAAUAUCAAAACACUAGAAUACAAAGAUAUGAAAUUGAACAUGUGGGAUGUUGGUGGACAAAGAAGUUUACGGUCAUAUUGGCGAAAUUAUUUCGAACAGACGGAUGGUGUUAUAUGGGUUGUUGAUUCAGCUGACAUUGAUAGAAUGGAUGAUUGUAAACGUGAACUUGGUUCAUUACUGGUGGAAGAAAGAUUAGCCGGAGCAUCGCUCUUAGUUCUUGCGAACAAACAAGAUUUAUCAUCUAGUGCAAGCUCAAAAGAAAUUGAACAGUUGUUGGGUUUACACAACUUAAAGUCACAUCAUUGGAAUAUAUAUGGAUGUAGUGCAUUUACUGGCGAAAAUCUUCUUGAAGCAAUUGAUUGGUUAUGUGCUGAAAUCUCCUCUCGGUUAUUUACGUUCGAUUAA